AUGGCGCCUUUUGAAGCCUUGUAUGGGAGAAGAUGUCGAACACCUUUGUGCUGGUAUCACGAUGGGGAAGCAGUGACAGUGGGGCCUGAAUUGUUGCAGAUAACCACACAGAAGGUAAAGUUGAUUCAGGAGCGGAUGCGGGCAACACAGAGCAGGCAGAAAUCUUAUGCCGAUAAGAGAAGGAGACCGCUAGAGUUUGAGACAGGAGAUCAUGUGUUUCUACGUGUGACACCGACAACUGGAGUUGGGAGAGCUNUUAAGUCAAAGAAGUUGUCACCGAAAUUUCUCGGACCGUAUGAGAUUCUUAGGAGAAUCGGACCAGUAGCUUAUGAGGUAGCGUUGCCACCUCAGUUGGCGAACUUACAUAAUGUGUUCCAUGUAUCUCAGUUGAGGAAAUAUGUUCCAAAUGCGACUCAUGUGCUAGAGGCAGAUGAUAUCCAAGUUAGAGAGGAUCUCACUUUGGAUACUAGACCAGUGCGAGUCUUAGAUGAGCAAACUAAAAACCUAAGAGGAAAGGAUAUUCGCAUGGUGAAAGUUCUUUGGAACGAAGGGACUCAGGAAAUGACUUGGGAAUUAGAAGAGUAUAUGAAGAAAGAGUAUCCAUAUCUUUUUCCUGAAUAA